AGGAGGUUUAAAUCAAAGGCCAAUAUUUUAAUGAGGGGGAAGGAACAUCCCUGACAAGGACCUGAAAAACCUUAAACUCGUGUAAGAAGACGACAGAAGUUAAACCAUGCUCGGCGGGGAAGGAGAGAGCAGCUCUUACUCCAAGGACGCAGCAGAGCUGCGGCGCAAGUCUCCGGCAGCGGCGGCCGCGGAGGAGCCGGCGGCGGGCGGCCGGUACGCGGAGCCCGGGCUGAACCCCGACCGCUACCUGCCGCCCCCCGGCUCCAAGCAGAGCCCAGAGGCGGCCAGCCACUGCUCCUUCAUGCCGUACACCCCCGGCGGGACGGUGUACGCCCCGUCCUCCGCGGGCAGGUAUCCCUCUCCGCUGCAGCUGAGCUCCAUGCUGCCCCCGGCGGGGUUCCCCGCGGCGGCCGCCGGCCGCGGACACUUCAGCCCGCCCUACCAGCUCGGACAGAGCUGCAUCUACCACCACCCUUACCCGGGCGCCGGGCCCGCGCUCAGCAGCAUGGGCCCCGGGGCCCGCGCACAGGUGUUCCUCUGCAACAGCCCGCUCUGGCUCAAGUUCCACCGGCACCAGACUGAGAUGAUCAUCACCAAGCAGGGCAGGCGCAUGUUUCCUUUCCUCAGUUUUAACAUCACCGGUCUGAACGUGACCUCGCACUAUAACGUGUUUGUGGAGGUGGUGCUGGCAGAUCCAAACCACUGGAGAUUUCAGGGUGGCAAAUGGGUCACCUGUGGGAAAGCGGACAACAGCAGCCAAGGGAACAAAGUCUACAUCCACCCGGAAUCCCCGAACACAGGGGCCCACUGGAUGAGACAAGAAAUCUCCUUCAGCAAGCUAAAACUCACCAACAACAAAGGAACCAGCCACAGCACAGCCCAGAUGACCGUUCUGCAAUCGCUGCAUAAGUACCAACCUCGGCUGCACAUCGUGGAGGUGACGGAGGACGGGGUAGAGGACGCCAACAGUGACGUGAAGAGCCAGUGUUUCACUUUUCCAGAGACCCAGUUCAUAGCAGUCACUGCUUACCAGAACACUGAUAUCACGCAGUUGAAAAUUGAUCACAACCCAUUUGCCAAAGGAUUCAGAGACAACUAUGAUUCGAUGUAUACAGCUCCAGAGAACGACCGCCUCACACCGUCUCCAAACGACUCGCCCCGUUCCCACCAGAUCGUCCCUGGCACCCGCUACACGAUGCAGCCCCUCUUCCAGGACCAGUUUGUCAACAAUCUUCCCCAGAGUCGCUUCUACAAUAGUGAGAGAGCGGUACCCCAGACCAACAGCCUUCUUUCUCCUCAGUUAGAAGACGGGGCGUCACAGAGGUGGUUUGUCGCCUCUAUGCAACAGGGGGGAAAUGACACCGGCAACAAGCUGGAUCUGACACCCUACGAGGGGGAAUAUUCAAGCUCCCUCCUUCCGUAUGGUAUCAAAUCGCUGUCCAUGCAAACCUCUCAUGCUCUCAGCUACUACCCAGACUCUCCUUUCACCACCAUUUCUGCAGGGUGGGGGUCCAGAGCAACUUACCAAAGAAAGGUCAAUGCAAGUCUGCCGUGGUCUCCCAGGCCCAGCUCUACUACCGCUUUUGCUGAGGACUCGGACAAACUCAAACCGCAGAUAGAGGAGGAGGUAAAUGGCGGUGACGGUCUGAUCAGCUCCUGGAAUGAGAACCAGUCGUCAAUUCUCUCCCCGGACAAGACUGAUUCAUACUCCAUGGCCUGCAAACGGAGGCGUUUGUCUCUAAAUGGUACAAGCACAGAGGACUCACCUGCCAAGUACGAGGACUUAGCCUCGGCCGCCUCCAAUGGCUCCUACAGUAAAGAAGCCCACUCGUCCAAAGGCAUGGCGGCGUACUACUCCUUUUACACAAACCCCUGACUUUUUGCUUGUGAGACUGUGUCCCAUUUUGUUUGGUCUUCAUCUGCCGUCUGCUGUACUAUUUUGUUAACCAUUCAUUUUGCUUUGGCAGUGAUAAUUAGGGUGUCUUUGUAAACUGUUUUUAUCUUUCAUGGCAACAAAGGCGCACAAAAAAUUAUUACAUCAAAAUUCAAAUUAUGUCACAAAAAGCAUUCAGAUGUACUGUAGACUUGAUUUGUCUGAUUUUUGGACUUUAUAUUUUUUACAUAUAAGCACCUGUAU